AUGGGCAAGGCUAUCCUCGAGAGGAUCAGGGUGAGAGACGACGACGAGCACGGGUACGAGACGACGAAAUGGAUCAACCCAGACAUCGCGCCUCUGCCACCAAACCGGAGAACCUGGGGUGUUUGGGCCUUCCUCGGUUUUGGAUCCAUCUCGAACUUGUGCAUUUCAGCAUGGACUGGCGCAGCGUCCUUGUUGUCGCUGGGUCUCACGAUCCCUCAAACGAUCGGCCUGAUGAUUCUUGCCAGAGUUCUCAUCUGCUUGCUUGUCAUUGGCAAUGGAUGGAUGGGUGGUGAAUGGCACAUCGGUUUCACUGUUUCUCAGAGAAUUAUCCUCGGCAUGAAUGGAGCCUACAUUGGACAGCUGAUCCGAAUCAUGCUUUCCAUCGUGUGGUACGGCUCUCAAGCGUGGCUAGGAGGACUCUGUGUUUCCGCCAUGUUGAGCAGCUGGAGCUACAAGUUCCUCACCAUGGAGAACACGCUCCCUGAGAGCGCUCACAUGGUCACCCGUGACCUCAUCGGCUUCGUCAUCUUCCACAUUAUCUCUGUCCCGUUCCUGCUUAUCCGCGUGGAGCGAGCCAAGGUCCCGGUCAUCAUCGCCAACAUCAUCGUCUUGAUCACCAUGAUGGGCAUUACCAUCUGGGCCUGUACCACCGGAGGAACCGGUCCCUUGUUCGAGUCCGGCGCGAAGCAAAUCUCCACUCUCACCAAGGAAUGGGCCUGGGUCUACGGUAUCAUCGCUUCCGUCGGAAACAUCUCCGCCGGUGUUCUCAACCAGAGCGACUUCACCCGUUUCGCCCGCCGCCAGGGCAACCAAGUUCCCGGAAUCGUCUUCUCCCUCUUCAUCCCCGGCAUGAUUGUCCCGAUCUUCGCCAUCCUAACUGCCUCGGCCUCCAUGGCUAUCUGGGACCUGGAGGAGCCCAUGUGGAACCCUCUCACUGUCAUCUCUCAGUGGAUGAUGGACGACUACAACGCCAAGUCCCGAGCUGGAGCCUUCUUCUGCAGUCUGGGCUUUGUUCUGGGCCAGAUUGCCGAGAACAUUCUCGGCAAUGGAUACGCUGCCGGCAUGGACUUGGCUGGUCUUCUUCCCACCUGGAUCACCAUCAAGCGCGGUGCCCUCAUUGCCGCCGUGCUGUCCUGGGCUGUCCAGCCCUGGGAGUUCUACAACACCGCGAGCGUCUUCGUUUCCGUUGCGGCUAGUUUCUCUGUCUUCAUGGGCCCCUUGACCGGCAUCAUGAUGACGGACUACUUCAUCAUCCGCCGCCAAAAGAUUGAGAUCAGCCAGCUGUACACCGGAUCCAAGGAGGGCGCUUACUGGUACACCGGCGGCUUCAACUGGCGUGCCUUUGUCGCCUGGGUCGUGUGUUUCGUCCCGGCGAUGCCCGGCAUGAUCGCUGCUGUCAACCCCAACGUCAAGAUCAAUGAUGGUCUGUACAAGUACUACCUCGGCAACUACAUCUUUGGCUUCCUGGAUGCUGGCGCGCUGUAUGCCAUCCUGACGUUCGCGUUUAAACCCAAGAGGCUCGGCUUCCAGGACGACUUCGACAUCUACGGAACGUUCGAGGAGGAUGUUGCCCUCAAGAAGGGCAUGGCGCCUUUCGAGAAGCCCAAGACCGUUGAAGGACCCAUUGAGGGAGCCCCCGUGCACGUCGACAGCGACGGAGGAAAGAAGCCCGCCGAGGUUUAA